AUGAAAUUAUUUAAGGGAUUAUUUUUUAUUGCUUUAGUAGUCGUUUUUGUUGAAGGCCAGCUAAGCGGUCUAGGUGGACUAGCCAGGCUACUAGGAUUAGGGCCACACGCAGGACCAGGGUUGGCUGGUAAACUAGGAGGUUCAAGCGGUCCAGGUGGUCAUCACCAUGGUGGUCCUCAUGGUGGUCCUGCCGGUCCUCCACCUCCACCUCCACGCCCACCGUCUAGUUCAGCUGCAUCACCACCAGAGCCUACCUCACCUGCUUCACCUCCACCCUCCAGCUCACCUGCCUCAGCACCAGAUGCAAGCUCACCUGCCUCACCACAAACCUCUAGCUCAUCUGACUCACCAGCAGACUCUAGGUCACCUGCUUCACCACCAGAGUCAAGCUCAUCAGCAUCAGCACCAGACGCAAGCUCACCUGCCUCACCACUAGAAUCAAGCUCACCUGCCUCACUACCAGAGUUAAGCUCACCUGCCUCACCACCAGACUCUAGCUCACCUGCCUCACCCUUACCACCAGAAUCAAGCUCACCUGCCUCACCACCAGAGUCAAGCUCAUCAGCAUCAGCACCAGACGCAAGCUCACCUGCCUCACCACUAGAAUCAAGCUCACCUGCCUCACCACCAGUGUCAAGCUCACCCGCCUCACCACUAGAAUCAAGCUCACCUGCCUCACCACCAGAGUCAAGCUCAUCACCAUCAGCACCACACGCAAGCUCACCUGCCUCACCACCAGACUCUAGCUCAUCUGUCUCACCUCUAGAACCAAGCUCACCUGCCUCACUACCAGAGUUAAGCUCACCUGCCUCUCCACCAGACUCUAGCUCACCUGCCUCACCCUCACCACCAGACUCUAGCUCAUCUGUCUCACCUCUAGAACCAAGCUCACCUGCCUCACUACCAGAGUUAAGCUCACCUGCCUCUCCACCAGACUCUAGCUCACCUGCCUCACCAUCAGAGUCAAGCUCAUCAGCAUCAGCACCAGACGCAAGCUCACCUGCCUCACCACUAGGAUCAAGCUCACCUGCCUCACCACCAGAAUCAAGCUCAUCAGCAUCAGCACCAGACGCAAGCUCACCUGCCUCACCACUAGAAUCAAGCUCACCUGCCUCACCACCAGUGUCAAGCUCACCCGCCUCACCACUAGAAUCAAGCUCACCGGCCUCACCACCAGAGUCAAGCUCAUCACCAUCAGCACCAGACGCAAGCUCACCUGCCUCACCACUAGAAUCAAGCUCACCUGCCUCACCUCUAGAACCAAGCUCACCUGCCUCACCACCAGAGUUAAGCUCACCUGCCUCACCACCAGAUUCAAGCUCAUCACCAUCAGCACCAGACGCAAGCUCACCUGACUCACCACCAGAAUCAAGCUCAUCUGCCUCACCCCCAGAUUCAAGCUCACCUGCCUCACCUCCAGAGUCUAGCUCACCUGUCUCACCUUCAGAGUCGAGCUCAUCACCAUCAGCACCAGACGCAAGCUCACCUGCCUCACCACUAGAAUCGAGCUCACCUGCCUCACCACCAGUGUCAAGCUCACCCGCCUCACCACUAGAAUCAAGCUCACCUGCCUCACCACCAGAGUCAAGCUCAUCACCAUCAGCACCACACGCAAGCUCACCUACCUCACCACCAGACUCUAGCUCAUCUGUCUCACCUCUAGAACCAAGCUCACCUGCCUCACUACCAGAGUUAAGCUCACCUGCCUCUCCACCAGACUCUAGCUCACCUGCCUCACCCUCACCACCAGAAUCAAGCUCACCUGCCUCACCAUCAGAGUCAAGCUCAUCAGCAUCAGCACCAGACGCAAGCUCACCUGCCUCACCACUAGAAUCAAGCUCACCUGCCUCACCACCAGAGUCAAGCUCAUCAGCAUCAGCACCAGACGCAAGCUCACCUGCCUCACCACUAGAAUCAAGCUCACCUGCCUCACCACCAGUGUCAAGCUCACCCGCCUCACCACUAGAAUCAAGCUCACCGGCCUCACCACCAGAGUCAAGCUCAUCACCAUCAGCACCAGACGCAAGCUCACCUGCCUCACCACUAGAAUCAAGCUCACCUGCCUCACCACCAGACUCUAGCUCAUCUGUCUCACCACUAGAAUCAAGCUCACCGGCCUCACCACCAGAGUCAAGCUCAUCACCAUCAGCACCAGACGCAAGCUCACCUGCCUCACCACUAGAAUCAAGCUCACCUGCCUCACUACCAGAGUUAAGCUCACCUGCCUCACCACCAGAGUCAAGCUCAUCACCAUCAGCACCAGACGCAAGCUCACCUGCCUCACCACUAGAAUCAAGCUCACCUGCCUCUCCACCAGACUCUAGCUCACCUGCCUCACCCUCACCACCAGAAUCAAGCUCACCUGCCUCAGCACCAGAGUCGAGCUCAUCAGCAUCAGCACCAGACGCAAGCUCACCUGCCUCACCACUAGAAUCAAGCUCACCUGCCUCACCACCAGAGACAAGCUCACCUGCCUCACCACUAGAGUCAAACUUAUCUGUCUCAGCACCAGAUUCAAGCUCAACUGCCUCACCACUAGAAUCAAGCUCACCUGCCUAA